UCCCCUCCAUUCCCCGUCUCCUCCUGGUCCGCUGUUCCUCUCUCUUUCUCGCGCUCGUCUCGUCUCGGCUAGGGUUAGGGCCUCUCGCCGAGUCGCCAUGAUGCAGCAGCCCCCGCCGCCGCAGCAGCAGCCGGGUAUGGCGCCACCACCACCCGCGGGCGGGCAGCCGCCGCAGUGGGGUGGGAUCCCGCCGCCGAUGGCGCAGCAGUACGGCGCGCCGCCGCCGCAGCAGACGCCGGCGAUGUGGGCCCAGCAGCCGCCGCAGGCUCACUACGGGCAGGCGCCACCCCCUCAGCCGUACUACGCCGCGCCUCCAGCGCCGGCGCCGGCGGCCCCCGCGGCGGCGGACGAGGUCAGGACGCUCUGGAUCGGGGACCUGCAGUACUGGAUGGACGAGAACUACAUCUACGGAUGCUUCGCCAGCACCGGGGAGGUUCAAUCUGUGAAGCUCAUCCGUGACAAGAAUUCAGGGCAGCUCCAGGGUUAUGGCUUUGUUGAAUUUACAAGCCGUGCAGCUGCAGAGCGAGUUCUUCAAACAUACAAUGGGCAAAUGAUGCCCAAUGUUGAGUUGACAUUCCGGCUGAACUGGGCCAGUGCUGGUGAAAAGCGUGAUGAUACCCCUGACUAUACUAUUUUCGUGGGGGAUUUGGCAGCAGAUGUUACAGAUUACUUAUUACAAGAGACAUUCAGGGUUCAUUAUCCUUCGGUGAAGGGUGCAAAAGUUGUGACUGAUAAAUUGACAAUGCGUUCGAAGGGCUAUGGGUUUGUGAAAUUUGGUGAUCCUACUGAGCAAGCUCGUGCAAUGACGGAAAUGAAUGGAAUGCCUUGUUCAUCCAGGCCUAUGCGUAUUGGUCCUGCAGCAAGUAGGAAAACAACAGGAGUUCAAGAAAGAGUACCAAAUUCUCAAGGAGCUCAGUCUGAGAAUGAUCCUAACAAUACCACUAUAUUCGUUGGUGGCCUUGAUCCCAACGUCACUGAAGAUGUCCUGAAACAAGUUUUUGCUCCUUACGGAGAAGUGGUCCAUGUUAAGAUCCCUGUUGGGAAAAGAUGUGGUUUUGUUCAGUUCGUUACCAGACCUUCUGCCGAGCAAGCGCUGCUGAUGCUGCAAGGGACCUUAAUUGGGGGGCAGAACGUUCGGCUUUCAUGGGGUCGAAGCCUGUCCAACAAGCAGCCUCAGCAGGAUUCCAACCAAUGGGGUGGGGCUGCUGCUUCUGCUGCUGCUGGUGGUUACUAUGCUGGCUAUGGACAAGGCUAUGAGGCUUACGGUGGUGGUUAUGCACAACCUCAGGAUCCUAACAUGUAUGGUUAUGGUGCUUAUGCUGGUUAUCCCAAUUACCAACAGCAACCAGCUGCACAGCAGCCACAGCAACAACAGUGAAGCCUGUUUUUCUCAGUCAAAUCAUUGGGUUGUGAGACGUAUUAAGUUAUUUCGAGGCACUGGUAUAUUGCACUCUAGCUCCUGUCAAUAGAGAGAUGGUUUCGGAAGGCUCCUGAUUUUGAUUGCCUCAUUGCAUGGUUUCAUCUAUUUUAUGUUAUUGUUAUUAUGGCAUUGUGUUAUGGCUAUGAACAAGUGGUGGUCUACUGUGAUUGCUAUGCUCAGACAUGCUUUCUUAGCUUCUCUCAGUGUUCUCCUAUCUAGUGGCAUUAUAUUAAUGUGUAUUUCUAUCUGCUGUUACGCUAUAUAUGUACACUGUACCGUUUGCUUCCCGUUGCAUCUUUCUGGGUACUUUAUUA